CGUUUAGUCACUGAAGAGACAGGGUCGGUGUCGGUCUUAUUUCACUGCAACACCUGCCUUAUUCAAGCCCUGUUAUGCUGCUUAGCUAACCCCAAAUUGUACGCUAUUUUGCCUUGCUUUGCACAUCGCUGCGAUGGCGGAUGACACAGAAGAUGUUGAGUUGGACUUUGCUGCUGACGAGCAGGAGGGGGCGCGCACUAGCUCUGACAUAAGACAUCCUCUUGCCUCCUUUUUCCACCUGUUCUUCAGGGUGGUUGCUAUUCUCAUCUAUUUGUGUUGUGACUGGAUCAGUGACAAUUUUUCAUCAUGUUUUGUCCUGAUCAUCACUCUGCUCUCUUUUGACUUCUGGUCUGUCAAGAAUGUGACUGGCAGGCUGCUGGUGGGGCUGCGCUGGUGGAAUCAGAUUGACGAGGACGGAAAGAGCCUCUGGGUGUUUGAGGCCAAAAAAACCUCAAAGGGCAAAAGCACUGGGACAGAGACAGAGGCAAGAAUAUUCUGGCUGGGUCUCAUCAUCUGUCCUUUCAUAUGGACGUUCUUCUUCUUCACCUCUCUCUUUUCAAUGAAGAUAAAAUGGCUGUCACUUGUGGUGGCUAGUUUUUCCCUCCAAGUGGCUAAUCUCUAUGGUUACCUACGCUGCAGAGCAUUGGAAGAGGACGGCCAGCUUCAAGACACUCGCUCCUUCACGGGACAGCAGCUCCUGCAGCGUCCGGACAUCAUCUUUGGAAUACGUUGAAGAUGGACUUGAGAGGCUUUGUGACCCCCAUGCAGGCCUUGCCCUGCCAACUACUCACUUAACAUGCUGUCCUGGACCUGUCUGUCAGUGUUUCAAUAAAAAUAAGGGCAUUGUACAACUUUC